AUGGCAACAAGUAUUAAGGACACCGCUCUACCAGACUGGAGGUUGCAGGAAAUCUUGAACAUAACAAAUGAGUGGGCUCUCUGUAAUGGUGUGAGCAUCAAGGCUGGUAGUGAAGGAUCAGAAACAGGGAAAGCUGUUGCAGCUCCAUAUGCUUUGUUUCCAAGUGUUGUUCCUGCUGCCGUUUUGCACCAAGCAAAGUCCACCAUGGUUGAGUUCAACAGGUUGAUGCACAAGAUUGCACUGGACCAUGAGUUCUUGGAAAACUCACUGAAAAAUGUCAUCAAAGUUGAUCCCUUCAUGGGAAGAUUGUGGGAUAUUUAUGAGAGAGUGCGGAGUGCUGGUGUCAAGCAGCCUGUGAUGGUCGGGUUGUUCCGAAAUGACUUUAUGAUGAAUUGUUUGGAUGCAGUGGCUCCAGGCGAAUUAGUCAGAGCUGAUCGGCUAGAGCUGAAGCAGAUUGAGUUCAAUUCUAUUGCAUCUAGCUUUGGAGGUCUCACACAGCAAUUGAGCAAGUUACACAGAUUAACUGUGGGAUUAGCUGGCAAAAAUGUCACCAACAAGCAAUUGCCAGAAAAUGAGCCUGCCUCUGGUUUGGCAUCAGGGCUUUUGAAAGCCUGGGAGCUGUACGGAAAUCCAAGUGCGGUUAUUGUUUUUCUGGUCAACCCAAUAGAGAGAAAUGAAAUGGACCAGAGGUGGCUGGAGUUCAAAAUUUAUGAGAAAAAUCCUCAUGUACGGAUUCUCCGCAGGACAUUUUUGGAGGUCAAUGAAACUGGAUCCUUGGACAGUGAGAAGAGAUUGCUCAUCGGUGAUGAUGAAGUUGCGGUGAUGUACCUUCGAGAUGGUUAUACAGCAGAGAAUUAUCCAUCAGAUGAGGUGUGGAAUGGUCGACUUAAAAUUGAGCUCUCCAGAGCUAUCAAAUGUCCAUCCAUCCAGUACCAGCUUGUUGGAGCCAAAAAGAUCCAGCAGGAACUGGCACGACCUGGUGCACUGGAGAGAUUUAUUUCGGAUCAUCAAGUUGUUCAGUCACUGCGGGAUACGUUUGCAGAUCAGUAUAGUUUAGAUUUGGGUCCAGAAGGUGACAAGGCAGUGGAAUUAGCUCUUGCUAACCCGGACAAAUUUGUACUGAAGCCACAGAGAGAAGGGGGAGGUCACAAUUUAUACAAUGCAGAGAUUUCCAAGUUCUUCACACAACAUAAACAUUCCGAGGAACGUAAUGCCUAUAUCCUAAUGCAGCGUAUAUUUCCAUGGCAACAGAAGAAUUACCUUGUCAAGACAGGAGUGCCUUUUGCCUUGUCUGAUGUGGUCAGCGAGCUAGGAAUCUACGGUGUCUAUAUAGGGUCAGGUGACAGGGAGAUUGAGAACUAUGAGUGUGGACAUAUGAUGAGGACAAAAAUAACUGGCACAGAUGAAGGCGGCAUAGUGGCAGGGUUCGCUGUGCUGGACACACCCUUUGUGCUCUGA